AUGAAACUCACGCUUGUCUUCCUCGCCGUCAUUUUUGCCAUCAUCACCGUCCAUGAAGGCGAGAGUUUUCCGUAUCAGAAUCAUCAGUUGAGAAAUGAGCCAAGCUCAACCAUACCGCCAACAACUGAAGUCAUCUCCACCAUGACCACCGCCGACAUUCCAACCACCACCAGCGAUCAGGAGAAUGUCGAUAAAUGGGUUAAGGCUCUCUGCAUCUAUUCGCUCAUUUUGGUCAUCGCUGCCUUCAUCAUUCUCCUCAAAUCAAUGACAGUAAGUGGAAGAAGAAGAUAG